AUGCACUGGUGUCAAGUGAUCGCAGCCCUUGCAGCCACUGCUGGCUUGGCUGGAGUGGGCAGGAUCGGGGUAAACAGCGCCUGGGAUAGAUGGCAGACUGUGGAUGGAACGGUGGAGACGUACUGCUCCGACAUCGUGGAGGUGAAGAUGUGCCACGCCAAGUGUGGCCACGAUGGCGCUUGCCACAAGGCGUGCCCCAUGCCCAAGGAUGCUGAUCUGCAAGCUAAGCUGGCGAGCAAGAUGGAGUGCCAUGACAAGUGCGGUACUGACCGUGAGUGCUACCAUGCAUGCGGCUGCCCAUUCUAG